AGAUGCUCAGCUGGUACAAGCAGGUGAGAGCAGACCAACCUACUUCCCUGUCUGGUCGUGUAGCUUUCAAAGAGCUGUGAUACUAACAUCUUGUCGUUCUUCGUCGUCGCAGUCCCUCGAGGUCAACACCCUCGGCGGCAAGUGCAACCGCGGCAUGUCCGUCCCCGACUCGGCCUCCAUCCUGCUCGGCCGCCCCCUGACCGAGGAGGAAUACUUCCAGGCCGCGACGCUCGGCUGGAUGACUGAGCUCCUCCAGGCCUUCUUCCUGGUCUCCGACGACAUCAUGGACUCGUCCAUCACGCGCCGCGGCAAGCCGUGCUGGUACCGCCAGGAGGGUGUGGGCAUGGUUGCCAUCAACGACGCCUUCAUGCUCGAGUCGGCCAUCUACACGCUGCUCAAGAAGUACUUCCGCUCGCACCCGCGUUACGUCGACUUCCUCGAGCUCUUCCACGAGGUGACCUUCCAGACGGAGAUGGGCCAGCUGUGCGACCUGCUCACGGCGCCCGAGGACAAGGUCGACCUGGACAACUUCUCGAUGGACAAGUACACCUUCAUCGUCAUCUACAAGACGGCCUACUACUCGUUCUACCUGCCCGUCGCGCUUGCCAUGUACAUGCUCGACAUCGCCACUCCGGAGAACCUCAAGCAGGCCGAGGACAUCCUGAUCCCGCUGGGCGAGUACUUCCAGGUGCAGGACGACUACCUGGACAACUUUGGCCUGCCAGAGCACAUUGGCAAGAUCGGCACCGACAUCCAGGAUAACAAGUGCUCGUGGCUGGUCAACAAGGCGCUCAGCAUCGUCACACCCGAGCAACGCAAAACGCUCGAGGAGAACUACGGCCGCAAGGACAAGGCCAAGGAGGCAGUCAUCAAGCAGCUAUACGACGACCUCAAGCUCGAGGACCACUACAAGCAGUACGAGGAAGAGCGCGUCGGCGAGAUCCGCAAGAUGAUUGAUGCCAUUGACGAGAGCAAGGGUCUCAAGAAGCAGGUCUUUGAGGCCUUCCUUGGUAAGAUCUACAAGCGCAGCAAGUAAACCAUCUCUAUUCGACAUACUGGUUGCUUGAGGAGGGGGAAAAGUGGGGAAGAGAUGAUAUACCUAACUUAAUGCCGCCCAAUGUUGGAUUGCUUGAUGAUGGAUAAAAGCCAUAACAAACAAGCGUUACCAUUCAUUUACAGAAAGUUUUUAGUAAGCUUUGGGCGCGACAGAUACCAGGCCUUGCUUGUUUUUCUGCUAUACAUAUUUGCAUGCAUGGCGAGAGACGGAAGGCAAUAAGAGAUAAAAGUAAAUAUAAUAAUCCUUGAUGCAAUCCCACUGAUUGGGAACACUUCUA